AUGGCCUCUGUUGUCACCACUCGACCUUUCAGGCCCCUGACCUUCCCACAGGCCCUCGGAUUCGGAUUGAGGGCGCGCUAUACCCCCGUUGAAAAUGUGCCGACUCUGUUCGAUCAUAAAUUCCUAGUUGACCGCUAUAGUCCCAAACGAGCAGCCGUGACAGACUAUUACUCGAGACUACCGCCGGACGUCCUUCGAUGGUGUGUUAUUUCCAACGCCAGCAUCAAACGGCUGCCCAAAGCCGUGCUGCGCAAUCGACUCAAGCGACGAUGGGCCAGUGCUUUCGCGGAAGCUCUGAAGAGAGCUGGGUAUCACCAUAACGGCAGGAGGCGUUCGGGUCCCAAGGAUGGCAAAAACUACAUUCCAGGCCUGAAGGGUACUCUCGAAAUCCUGGUCUUUUCCGAACGUGGCAUCAACUGUCCCCAUGGCGAGCUUGUUGGUGCAUGUGGUGCUUUACUGAAGUCCUUGCAACGAAAGAAACAGCACUUGGACAAUACGAGUACCAAUGCCGCGGCUGAAAAGACCUCCCACGAGGACUCGACAGACCACGAAGGCGGUGAGGCUGUGCCGUCCUCCAUGUGGUCCCUCUGGGGGCGAACACUCUUUUGA